UGCAUCCCAAGAACAUUCCCUAGCAGCAGAAUUGCAUCGAGGACUUGUCCCUUUCACAAAAAUAUAAGGUUACAGUAUAUUAAAUAUACCAUAUGCAUACUACUACGGUAUAUAAUUGCAUUGUGUAUUUUUCUCUUAAUUUGUACAACAUUAAUUCAGAUUGGGUUCACACAAUUGAUAUGGUUGGCUUGUUUCUGAUUCAACACUAUCCCUUACCAUAAGUGCAAACUAUGAGAUUAAAAAAAAUAUGUAUUCUGACACAAACCUGUAUUUUCAUGGUUGCAUCCCAACAUCAGAUGGAGGUACAUACAUCAAACACCUUGCACUGUAAUAUCACAAUGUGCAUUCAGUCAUUUGUAACCACCAGUAACUCAAAGCAUAACCCAGUGAUCCUGAAGUGAUAAUAGUUUUCCUCAUUACAAUUAUUUUGCAAAACGUUGAGUGGAUGACUCCAGAAGAUAGUGUAAGCUGCUGCCACAGAAAUAACUUUUGUUCUGAAAGGGCAUCCAUGUUAAUUUUUUUUCCACAUGGAAAGCAGACAAAUACGAGAGAGAGAGAGCGAGAGAGCGCGAGAGAGCGCACAUAUGGAAAAUCAUGCGCAUGCGCCUGCACGCACGUCAUCCCUGUUCAGUACCUCCGCGCGAGCCCUGGGAAAUUGCGCCUGCGCUCUCAGCAGAAAGGCAUCAGGGGCGACACACGAAGACGGAGACCAUUUCCGGGUUUCUGUAGAAGACGGGAGGGGAGGGGGCAGGAGAGAGGGGGGGGAGCAGAAGAGAUUGUUCUUCCGGGUCCCGAGUUGUCUUCCGGUCUGGCCAGUGUCGAAGGCGGCUGCUGGUCGGUGGUUUUUAGGUGGGCUGUUGCUGCCGGAUUCCUGCAGUUCGCAUGGUGGGAGAAACGAAGAGUCGGUGGGCGCGAAGCGAAGAGGGAGAACAGAGGCUCAGCUAAGCAGGAGGUCGGGUCCUGGCACCGGUCCUCGUAGACGUCGGGUAGAUUCGCCUUAAGCGUCAUUGGUUGCGGCUGCGGGUUGGUUUCGCUCUCCGCAUCCCCAAGGAAGAGAGUUACCCGUCCUCGGCUGUCCAGCGGUGAGAGAAUCUACUCUGCUCUUGUCUUACAUUGCCUGUUGAUCAGUGGGCUUCAAGAGAGCCAUGAAUGAGAUGAGAUAGCCGCCCACGAGCGUGCUUAAAUCCAACUCCAGAUGGAUACAAAAUACAAAGACGAAGCAUUUAGGAAAUAUGUACAGUUCCAUGAAUCUAAAUUGGAUACCUCUGACAGAAAGCAGUGCCCAAUUACCAAUCUACAAAUGGCAGCUUCAGCUUUACUCUGUUUUCCCAAGAUUGAUCCCUUUUAUAGAUUCCGGUUAAUUAAGUUUUAUGAAAUCGCUGAAAAUUCACUUCGGUCCUUGAGAGCUUCAAGUCUGCAUUCACUCCAGAAUGCAUUUGAAGUGCUAGAAUCAGUUGGAAUCAAUCUUUUUCUUUACCCCUGGAAGAAGGAAUUCAAAAAUAUAAAGACUUAUACAGGUCCUUUUGUUUAUUACGUAAAGUCUACGUUAUCCGACGAGAAUAUAAAACAGAUAUUAAACUUGAUGGGAUACGUUCAAGAACUUGGAACUAUGUAUAAGCUCAAAGACCUGGUUGAUACCUUUCAAGUCAAGAUGGUAUCCUUUGAACUGUUUCUGGCCAAAACAGAAUGUGAACAGUUGAUCGAAAUUCACUUGCAGGUGAAGGAAAAAGGUUAUUCUGAACUUGACAUUGUGAAGGAGAGAAAAAAUAGCAACGAUGAUGUUCGUAGCUGUUCGGAUGCCUUGAAACGCCGUGCUGAAUGCAAAGAAAAUCUAAACACUUCCAUGUCACGAAUGGUCCUUCAGAAAUCUGCCAGUGAAAGAGGCUCUAAAGAUUAUUUCAAGCCCAAAGUUAGCAAACCUUCUAAAUCAGUGGACACGUAUGAUAAUUACUUGGAUAGUAAGAAGCCACCUUUGAUGGCAUCGUUGAGUUUCCGGAAAGAGCCCAUUUUGGUUGAUACUGAAGAUGACAUCAAAGAUGAAAUAAUUCGACCAUCGCCAUCCCUCCUAGCCAUGUCCAGUUCUCCACAUGGAUGCACUGAGGAAUAUUUACCAAUUUCAUCCCACACCAAUGGCAUAUUAAGAACAGGUAUGCCAUUCGGUACUUACUAUUCCCCUCAAGAUGAUUUAGAUUUAUAUACCGACCCUGAUUCUAGGAGCGUGUUUAAAAGACAAGAAUCCUCUAAACAUGAUGUCUGGCUGCUAAAAAAUGACGCCAAUCCAAGUUACCAUAAACGUACACAUCUAGCCAAAGAGACCUCUUCCCUUAAGUGCCAAACUUGCGGAUUGUCUUGCGGCACCUCCAUUUGCCAAAAAUGUGACAGUGUGCUCAUCUGCAGACAAGAAUAUCCAGCAAUAAAACAAAGCAACUAUUCACUCAAAUCACUGUCAGGUGAAAGUACAUCCGGAUCUUCUGGAAGGGAAAAGCCACAAUACAUGUUACAGACUCAAGAGCGAGCAUCUCACAGUUCGAAAUCCAAAGCUUUGGGUUCUUCUCGCUGUGGCUUUUGCAACCGUUCGGGAGCUACCAACACAUGCACGUACUGUUCUAAAGUUUCCUGUGAUGCUUGCCUCAAUGCUUACUAUUAUGAUCCCUGUUGUCGAAAAAGUGAGGUUCACAGAUUCUUGCCAAACAAUCAAUUAAACUUCAAAUCAAAUCAGCUCUCGCACCUGGUUUAUAGAUAAUUUUCUUUUUUUUUUAAACAAAAUAUUUUUUCAGAAUCCUUUAUUUUGGGGCAAAAGGGCUAAAAACACAAAUAUGCUGAUAAGUAUUUUAGCAAACUUUUAAGAGAAGAGAAACAGAUAUGCCCUAUUAAUAGUGUAUACAGCAUAGGUGCCAAUCCUGAUGAUGUGGUUUUAUAAAUGUUUAUGGUCUAGUUGAUGCUGCUACUCUUUUUAGGCAACCUUUAGUUGCUUUUCCAUUUAAAUGAGGAAGAGAAGCACUUCUUUUUAUUUUUAUUUUUUUUUCAGAACCAGGCAAUCAAUUUACUUUCUUUUACAAAACAAAAAAAAUCAUAGCUGUUUCAUUGCUGUGUUUGCUUCAUUUAUGUAACAUAGCACCAGAAUAAUAACUAAAG